AUGGUGAGGGUACCGAAUAAACCGCUGCUGGCGGCGCUGGCUCUCGCCGUCGACGGAGUAUAUGGAGCCCUCGUAGCAGAUCUUGAUGAUCCAGCAUCCAUCAAGCAAGCCGCCGCCCAGGUCGCCGAAGACCUUCUCUCCUUCUACCGAGGCGACGAGCCGGGCUGGGUCCCCGGUAUCCUACCCGGUCCCCCCCCCGAUGGCGAUUAUUACUGGUGGCAGGGAGGUGCGCUUUGGGGUACGAUGCUGGACUACCGACACCAUACCGGUGACAACACCUACGAUCCUAUCGUGUUGCAGGCCAUGAUUCACCAAGUCGGCCCCAACGAAGACUUCAUGCCUCCCAACUGGACCGCCUCGAUGGGUAACGACGACCAGGGCUUCUGGGGCAUGUCUGCCAUGCUGGCCACCGAGGUGGGAUUCACAGAUCCAGGCGACGACGAACCGCAAUGGUUGGCCCUGGCACAGGCCGUGUUCAACGAGCAGACGCACGAGGAUCGACGAGUAGCCAGCGGACGAUGCGAGUGGGGUCUCAGAUGGCAGGUCUACCCAUCGAACACCGGAUACAACUACAUCAACACCAUCGCGAACGCUUGCUACUUUAACAUCGCCGCACGGCUAGCACGCUACACGGACAACCAGACCUACGCCGACUACGCGGUCAGAACCUGGGACCUGGUGAAGGAUCUGGGCUACAUAUCGGACGACUGGGACGUUUACGACGGAGCCCAUCUACCCUACUGCAACGACACCAACCGAGCCCAGUUCUCAUACAAUGCCGCCAUGUUGCUGCAGGGUGCUGCGUACCUGUACAACUACACCAAUGGCGCCGAGGAAUGGAAGGUGCGCAUCGACGGCCUCAUCGACCGCAUGAUCGAGGUGUUCUUCCCAGGCGGUGUUGCAUACGAGCCGUCGUGCGAGGGCGCCAAAUGCAAUACUGAUAUGAAGUCUUUCAAGGGCUAUAUGCACCGAUGGAUGGGUAACACGAUGCAGCUCGUGCCCCACACGCGGGAAAAGAUCUAUCCCGUGCUCAAGACGUCGGUUGCGAAUGCUGUCAAGCAGUGCUCGGGCGGCCCCAACGGCCGCUUCUGCGGUUUCCACUGGACGACGGGUGUUUUCGACGGCGAGAUCGGCGCCGGCCAACAAAUGAACGUCUUAGGCGCUCUACUCAGCCUCCUCGCCCCCGAUUCCGCGCCCCCUCUAACAAACGCUACUGGUGGUACCUCCAGGGGUGAUGUCAACGCCGGUUCCGACGAACCCGUCUUGCCUACCUUCGCCACCGUUACCGUCGCCGAUAGGGCAGGCGCCGGCAUCCUCACCGCUCUCCUGAUCGCCGGCUCGCUCUCGGCUUUCGCUUGGAUGAGCAUCGACUAAGCGACCGAAUCGGGCUCACAAGUAGUACGGGACGUAUUCUUAGAGCGAGGACGCGAUACGUGUUUGCGACAUAGAAGAUUUCACUAUUUUCCCCCAACCAGGCAAGGAAUGCCUAGGCGUACUCCAACAGCUAUAAAUGGACAACCGGGUCUGCGUGUGUAUAUAUAUAUCACUUCUGCGAGGGUUUUUGUCUUUUUUUCGAUCUUGGGUAAAACGGUAGGAAGGCGGGAGAGGGGUAA